AAAAUCAUCCCUCGCUGCCAAAUGCUGAUGUAGUUUACAGUGAGAGAACAGUCGGAAAUAGUGGUUUUCAAAUAUUAAUGUUCAUAUUUUCAGUCAAACUUUUAUAAGUUUGAUUGCAAGAGAAAUACACCUGCUUUUUUUCAAAUGAAAUUGGCAGGUGAGAUCUGAAAGCAAACAGCAAAGUAAUCUUUCCCAAGUCUCGUUGCGGAUGUUUCACCACCGGAGUAUUUUUCUUGUGGCACACGGGUCUUGCUUUUGGAUUCAUCCAACAUGUCUAGUUCUUACAGAAUCAGGAUCCAGGAGUUCAAGGUGGCCUUGAGUGAAGAUAAGCUUGACUUAAAGGUGCUUCGGGAACUUUGCUUCAGCGGUAUCCCGUUUGAAGGAGGCAUCCGUGCACUUUGCUGGAAAGUCCUGCUCAAUUACCUGCCUUUGGACCAGCUGAUAUGGGAGUCCUUCCUCAAAAAGCAGAGGGAGGUGUACUCCCAGUUCCUAAAGGAGAUGAUCAUCCAACCAGGCAUCGCUAAGGCCAACCUGGGCCUCUCCAGAGAGGACGUGACAAUGGAGGACCACCCUCUCAACCCCAACCCAGACAGCAAGUGGAACAACUACUUCAGAGACAACGAGGUGCUGCUACAGAUUGAUAAAGAUGUUCGGCGCUUGUACCCCGACAUGGCGUUCUUCCAGCGGCCAACAGACUACCCCUGCCAGCUGAUCCUGGAUCCCCAGAACGACUACGAGACACUCAGGCGCCGUGUGGAACAGACUACCCUCAAGGCCCAAACUGUGGACCGCAACCGCAGCGGGGUCACCAAUGUGAGCUCCCCGGGCAAGGCCCUUAACCUGUACCCGUCCAACGAGUACGAGGUGCUGCCCAGCGGCUGCGAGGCACACUGGGAGGUGGUGGAGCGAAUCCUGUUCAUCUACGCCAAGCUCAACCCGGGCAUCGCCUACGUGCAGGGCAUGAACGAGGUGGUGGGCCCUAUCUACUACACCUUUGCCACCGACCCCAACAACGAGUGGAAAGAGCACGCCGAGGCAGACACCUUCUUUUGUUUCACCAACCUGAUGUCAGAGAACCGGGACAUGUUCAUCAAGAGCCUGGACGACUCGCAGUGCGGCAUCACCUACAAGAUGGAGAGCGUCUACUCCAUGCUCAAAGAGAAGGACAUGGACCUCUAUAUGAAACUGCAGGAGCAGAACAUCAAGCCACAGUACUUCACCUUCCGCUGGUUGACCCUGCUGCUGUCCCAGGAGUUCCUCCUGCCCGACGUCAUCCGCAUCUGGGACACGCUCUUCUCCGACCAGGACCGCUUCGACUUCCUCAUCCUGGUCUGCUGCGCCAUGCUCGUACUGAUUCGAGAUCAGUUGCUGGCAGGAGAUUUCACAGUCAACAUGAGACUGUUGCAGGACUACCCCAUCUCAGAUGUCCACACCAUCCUGGCCAAGGCCAAGGAGCUUCAGGGUGGCUCAUAGCCACCCCUCCCCCUAUCUCCCUCUCCUGGAUUUGGGGGAUGCACCAUUGAAACUGGUAACCCUAGGUGACAACAAGGCCCCAUUGCACCCUGGGUGGGAGAGGAAGCCACCUGGUGCCGGGGUGGUGCACGGUUUCCUCAAAGCAACCAAACUCAAUACUUAGUCUUCUUGUCUCACUCUCACGGCCCGACAGUAUUUCCACUCUCUCAGAGAGGGUGUGUGGGCUCAAGCUAUUUAUUUUUGCACUGAACACUUGAAAAAAAUGACAAUCUACAUAUAUGAAGCAGAGAAACCAGUUACCCAUACAACAGCCUCAUUAUAAAGUGUGUCAGUGCUAUUAUAACACUCCUAGGUUAUUUUAAUAGUAUGGUUUUUUUCUUUCAGUUUGUUUAUUUUUACAUGUGAACAUGGUUAUUUUUUAUUGUGGAGCUCGUACGAAAGACGAAAUGUAAUACUACCGUGUAAAGUCUAACCACAACAAAAAAUGAGUAUAGAUUGAGCCAGCCACUUGAAUCUCCAAUAUUAAUGUAUGUUUGCAAAAUGUUGGUAUCAAAUGGAUGGGGUAUGAAACCUGUACCUUACUCACUAACCCAAAGUGCAUGCUUAUACGUUAGCCCAAAAGCUAAUGAAAAAACAAAUGAACCCUUGAUUGUCUUAAAUCUAGUCUUAGGGGGAAAUUGAUACAGUGAUGAUGGUCUAUUUUAUUGUAAGGGCAUUACUUUGCAAACAAAACAGUCAGAUUAAAUUGGGCAUUCAAGUUUUUAAUAUAUUUUGAGUCAUUUCUUAAUAUAUUUUGAGUCAUUUCUGGUCGCAUUAAAAAAGUGGUUCACAUGUAAAGCAUAAUAAAUGGAACAUUAAUGACA